AUGUUGAAAUUUCAUUGCGAUGAGAACUUAACUUAUGAACAAACCCCACUCCAAAUCAAAUGGAUACUUUUUGAGUGCUGGCAACGUUUCCCAGCAAUCAUGAAAAUCGAGCGUGAGACCGAAGUUCGUCGUCAGAAGUGGCGCAUGAAAGUAUGGGAUCUUCUGCCUGACUACAAGCCUCAAGACACACCAUAA